AAGGCAGAAAUUCCUGAGUUUGGAAUGAGCUGCAGGUGCCCUUUAAAUACCCAAGCUCCUCCCCUGCCUGCCCUACCCUACCGGGAAGUGAUCCCCAGGAGUUUCCUGACCCGAGGCCUGCCUCAGCCAGCCACCUUGCUAGAUUUAGCCUGGGAUUGAGGGUUCACCAUGGCAACGGAAGAGUCCAUCAUCCGCAUCCCCCCAUACUACUACAUCCAUGUGCUGGACCAGAACAGCAAUGUGUCCCGUGUGGAAGUUGGGCCAAAGACCUACAUCCGACAGGACAAUGAGAGGAUCCUAUUUGCACCCUUGCGCAUGGUGACCAUCCCCCCACGCCAUUACUGUAUAGUGGCCAACCCUGUGUCACGGGACGCCCAAAACUCAGUCUUAUUUGACGUCACAGGGCAAGUUCGGCUUCGUCAUGCUGACCAGGAGAUCCGACUGGCCCAAGACCCCUUCCCCCUGUACCCAGGGGAGGUCCUGGAAAAGGAUGUCACCCCAUUGCAGGCAGUUCUGCCCAACACUGCCCUACAUCUGAAGGCCUUGCUGGACUUUGAGAAUAAAAAUGGAGAUAAGGUGGUGGCAGGAGACGAAUGGCUCUUUGAGGGACCUGGCACAUACAUCCCGCAGAAGGAAGUGCAGGUCGUGGAGAUCAUUCAAGCCACGGUCAUCAGACAGAACCAGGCUCUGCGGUUAAGGGCCCGCAAAGAGUGCUGGGACCGGGAUGGCAAGGAGAGGGUGACAGGCGAGGAAUGGCUGGUCCGCUCGGUGGGUGCUUAUCUCCCAGCAGUGUUUGAGGAGGUGCUGGACUUGGUGGAUGCUGUGAUCCUUACAGAAAAGACAGCUCUGCACCUCCGGGCUAAGCAGAACUUUCAGGACUUUCAAGGAGUGGCCCGCCGCACAGGGGAAGAAUGGCUGGUGACAGUGCAGGACACGGCAGCCCAUGUCCCAGAUGUCCACGAGGAGGUGCUUGGAGUGGUACCCAUCACCACCUUGGGCCCCCGAAACUACUGUGUUAUCCUUGACCCAAUGGGACCAGAUGGCAAGAACCUGCUGGGCCAAAAGCGUGUUGUCAAGGGAGAGAAGUCAUUUUUCCUCCAGCCAGGGGAGAGGCUAGAACGAGGCAUCCAGGAUAUAUAUGUGCUGUCGGAGCAACAGGGACUGUUGCUGAGGGCCCUGCAGUCCCUGGAAGAGGAGGAAGAAGAGGGGAAGGUCUCCCGCCAAGCUGGAGACUGCUGGCUCAUCCGAGGGCCCCUGGAGUAUGUGCCAUCUGCCAAGGUAGAAGUGGUGGAGGAGCGUCAGGCCAUCCCUCUGGACCAGAAUGAGGGCAUCUAUGUGCAGGAUGUCAAGACCGGAAAGGUGCGGGCUGUGAUGGGAAGCACCUAUAUGCUGACCCAGGAUGAAGUCCUUUGGGAGAAGGAGCUGCCUCCUGGGGUGGAGGAGUUGCUGAAUAUGGGGCAUGACCCCCUGGCAGACAGGGGCCAGAAGGACACGGCUAGAACCCUGCACCCUGCCAUUCUCCGGAACAAGACCCGCGUGGUUAGCUACCGGGUCCCACACAAUGCAGCGGUGCAGGUGUAUGACUACAGAGCCAAGAGAGCGCGUGUGGUCUUUGGGCCUGAGCUGGUGUCACUGGAUCCAGAGGAACAGUUCACAGUGCUGUCGCUUUCUGCUGGGCGGCCCAAACGUCCCCACGCCCGCCGUGCACUCUGCCUGCUGCUGGGGCCCGACUUCUUUACCGAUGUCAUCACCAUUGAAACGGCAGACCACGCCAGGCUGCAGCUGCAGCUUGCCUACAACUGGCACUUUGAGCUGAAGAACCGGAACGACCCUCAAGAGGCAGCCAAGCUCUUUUCAGUGCCUGAUUUUGUGGGUGAUGCCUGUAAGGCCAUCGCAUCCCGAGUCCGGGGCGCUGUGGCUUCCGUCAGCUUUGAUGACUUCCACAAGAACUCAGCUCGCAUCAUUCGCACAGCUGUAUUUGGUUUUGAAACCUCUGAAGCCACAGGCCCCAGUGGCAUGUUGCUGCCCAGGCCCCGUGACCAGGCCAUCUUUCCCCAAAAUGGGUUGGUGGUCAGCAGCGUGGAUGUACAGUCGGUGGAGCCCGUGGACCAGAGGACCCGGGAUGCCCUUCAGCGCAGUGUCCAGCUGGCCAUUGAGAUCACCACCAACUCUCAGGAGGCUGCGGCCAAGCAUGAGGCUCAGAGACUAGAGCAAGAAGCCCGUGGCCGGCUAGAGAGGCAGAAGAUCUUGGACCAGUCAGAAGCUGAAAAAGCUCGAAAGGAACUCUUGGAGCUUGAGGCUAUGAGCAUGGCCGUGGAGAGCACAGGGAAUGCGAAGGCCGAGGCUGAGUCCCGAGCAGAAGCAGCUCGGAUCGAGGGGGAGGGCUCUGUGCUACAGGCCAAGCUGAAGGCACAGGCGCUGGCCAUUGAGACAGAGGCCGAACUCCAGCGAGUACAGAAAGUGCGAGAGCUGGAACUGAUCUAUGCACGGGCCCAGCUGCAGCUGGAAGUUAGCAAGGCCCAGCAGCUUGCUGAGGUGGAAGUGAAUAAGUUCAAACAGAUGACAGAGGCUCUGGGUCCCAGCACUAUCAGGGACCUGGCUGUGGCUGGACCAGAGAUGCAGGUGAAACUGCUUCAGUCCUUAGGCCUGAAAUCUACCCUGAUCACAGAUGGCUCCUCUCCCAUCAACCUUUUCAACACCGCCUUCGGGUUGCUGGGGCUUGGGGCUAAUGGUCAGCCCCCAGCCAAAAAAUCAGCUGGCGAGCCCAGCCUUGGGGAACAUUUGCCUUUCUCAGGCCCUCCUGCUCCGUAGUCUGUUCCAAGCAGCUACACUGUGCCUUAGCCACUCUGCGCCCAUGCAUGCCCUUCAGCCCUACACUGACGAUGGAUAAAAUAAAACAUUUUGGGUGUUUAAA